AUGUCGUUGAUAGUGGUUGAGAGUCCCAAGCUAGAUCACCUUCAAAGUUUAUAUGGCUCUGUUAAAAAGGUGCCCACCUCAAUGAACAUCUACGACAUCGCGGGUCUCACUAGGAAUGCAGCACUGGGUGAGGGACUUGGAAAUAAGUUUCUUGCUGAUAUCCGCCAGGUAGAUGGUAUCUUUCACGUUGUUAGAGGGUUUAGAGAUGAUGAGAUCACCCACAUUGAAACCAAUGUUGAUCCUGUCAGAGACAUGACGAUCGUCACAGACGAGUUAAUCUUAAAAGACUUAGACUAUAUUGAGACUGCCCUUGAGCAGGCACAAAAGGCGUUGAAGAAGCCUCAAGUUGACAAAGGCAAGAUUCAAUUUGAAAUUGACACGCUCGAUAAACUUCUGGACCUUUUGUACCUGGGUAGGAAAGUCAGCACGGAAGAGUGGACAAAUGAAGAGAUCGAUAUCAUCAACACUUUGAAUCUUCUUACCGCCAAGCCUACUGUGGUUUUGCUUAAUGUUAAUGAAGCCGACUAUGAAAGCAAUACCAACGAAUUCAAAGAAUCAGUACAGGCGUGGAUUGACGAGAACUGUCCUCAAGACGAGUUGAUGCUCUUCUCUGCUGCAUUCGAGACAAAGCUUAACGAAAAGAGAGAAGAUCCUGCGGAGUUGGAAAAGUAUAAACAGGAACACAACAAUAAAGCCAGCGCCAUGGCUGGAAUUGUGGACAAGAUGCGGAAAGCGCUCCAUCUUGUGUCUUUCUACACUUGUGGACCCAAAGAAGCACACCAAUGGACCGUGAGAGAGGGUUCAACCGCACCCGAGGCAGCAGGAACCAUCCACACCGAUUUGCAGAAGACCUUCAUCUCUGCCCAAGUGUACAGAUGGGAAGACCUCAAGGAAGAGAAGGCGCCAUUAGACGAGGCAGGCCUCAAAGCUAGAGGAAAACAGUAUCGCCAAGGAAAAGCAUACAUUAUAGAGGACGGCGAUGUUUUGUUGAUCAAGGCCGCAGGUGGAAAGUCCCGAUAG